AUGGGAUCACUACGAAAGCUUUACGUUCAAUGCAACCCACUGCUAGACAUUUGUGCUCAUGUCGAUCGUGAUUUUUUGCAGAAAUACAAAAUUGCAGAAAACACAUCGAUGCUCAUGUCAGAUGAACAUGUUGGGUUAUAUGACGAACUCGAGGGGAAACAAAAUGUCUUCUAUGUGCCGGGUGGGUCCGGGUUAAACACGGCGCGUGUGGCGCAGUGGAUUUCACAGGCCCCCCGAAAUUCCUUUGUCACAUACGUCGGCUGCAUCGCUGAGGACAGACAUGGUUCGAUCUUGAAGGAGGCUGCCGAGAAGGAGGGCCUGAACAUGAUCUUGGAUUACACAACGAAGGCUCCAACUGGAAUCUGCGCAGCGUGCAUUGUUGGCAUGGAGCGCUCCCUAGUCGCUAAUUUAGGCGCGGCCAAUCAUCUCUCUCCGGAACACAUCGAAAGUGACGCGGUUUCUAAAGCACUUGAGGACAGCAAGCUUUUUUACUUGACUGGUUUUACCCUCACUAUUGAUGUGAACUAUGUCUUAAAGGUUGCCAAAGCUUCUCGCGAGGUAAAUGGCAUUUUCAUGUUGAAUCUUUCCGCCCCCUUUAUUGUUCAGUGCUUCACUGAUCAACUGAAAAAAGUUCUGCCCUAUGUGGACAUUCUUUUUUCGAAUGAAGAUGAGGCCAGGUCACUCGCUAAAGUCAAUGGUUGGGACACAGAGGACGUUGCGGAAAUCGCACAAAGAGCUGCUGUGGAGCUUCCAUAUGAUGGCCAUUAUGAUCGUCUCGUAGUAUUUACGCAGGGAAAUCAGCCCACUGUGUUCGCCACAAUGUCAAGCCGCACUGGCUCUGUUCCAGUGCCGCCGAUUGAAACCCACAAGAUUGUAGAUACCAACGCCGCGGGUGAUAGUUUUGUCGGGGGGUUCUUGGCGGCAUUUGCCUCAGGGAUUGACAUUGAGCGGUGCUGUGAAGUAGGUAAUUAUGCCGCAGGUAUAGUGAUUCAGCAUCAUGGAUGCACAUACCCUGAGAAGCCCGACAUUACCUUUUGA